AUGGCUUCAAUCGAUGCGCCUCCAAUUGACUUUACCAACUUCUCAUACACAAAUCUUCCCUCACCAUCCUCAAUUCGCUUACUCUCAUUCAUCAAAAGACCUCGCCAAUUAUCACCUCCUUCAAUAUUGGGUGAACCCCUUCUAGAAUGCAUCCUAGAAACAGUCGAUAUCAACGAAACUCCAGAUUUCGACCUCAUCUCUUCAACAUGGGGAAAUCCAGAUAGUGCUGAUCCAGGCGACACUGAUGAAUACGGUCCCAUGCAUCGCUAUCCCAUCGCCAUCAAUGGAAAGCUGAUGUUUCUACCGAAAAACAUCUACGAAGCUCUCAAGAUGGCUCAUAAGGUCAAUGAUCCCGUUGAGCAGCGCAAUGAACUCUUCUUGGAGACAGAGUUGAUGACAGCCGUGGAAAACAAUCAUCGACCAAAGGUUCAACGGCUACUGGAACAAGGUGCUCAUAUCCAUGCGCAGGAUUGUUUCGACAAGACAGCAGUUCAUCACGCAGCACAACUUGGUCAUUUCGAUAUCAUCAACAUCCUUCUCGACUAUGGAGCCAGUAUGAAGGUAAUUGACUCGCAUGGUAAAACGCCAAUGGACUACAUCACAUACACGAAGCCAAAGGACUGGGAAAAUGUUGAAGAAAUUGCUUAUAAGAUGCAAAAGACGCCAGCGGAAAGAGAACUUGUUCCUAUUCCGGAGGUUGUUCGGGUUGGGAGACCGAUGUGGAUUGAUGCAAUUUGUAUCGAUCAGAGCAAUUCGGAGGAGCGAUCUAAUCAUGGUUCCUUGAUCGCGCAGAUUUACUGCCGUGCUAACUCUGUCAUCGCCUGGGUUGGAGUUCAGACCGACAAUACCAAGCUUGCGCCAGAAGCCAUCUUAUCAAUCCUUCGAGCUGAUGGCAAAGACGUGGAUGAAACCAUGUCUGAUGAAACUCUUUCUGUCGCAAAUGCUGGAUGUUCAUAUAUUCCCUCUGAUGAAGAAAAGUCCUCCAUCAUUAGAUUUAUGAGGCUAUCUUGGUUUGAACGGGAAGAUCUGAUGCACGAGGUUGCUUUCGGGAGAGCAAUUACUGUUUACUGCGGCAUGGAUGCGCUUCUAUUUUCAUCUAUAAUGGAAUUUUUCAGACGAGAGACAUAUAGUGGUACAUUCUUGCCUCCUGACCUUCAAGUUUGGUCUUUGCUUGGAAGUACAGGUUCGAAGAAACGAAGCUCACUGGGCUCGAGAUCAAGGAGGAAGAGGAUGCGACGAGAUUCGAUUUCUGGAUGA